GCCGAUCGCUCUCAAGAGCUCUUCGGGGCAUGGCGACACCGCGGGGCUCGGGCCAAACGCCCAACGAGUGCGGUCCUUACGGGGACUAUCCGUGGCCGUCGAAGCUCCGCCAGCACCCCAAUCGCAAGUCCUGAUUGGGCCGAAAACCCUCGAUCACGGAAGAUGGUGGUCGAGGGCCGCAAGACCCCCGAGCUGCGAGCAGGGAAACUAGCAUGCGCCGAAUCCGAUGGUUACGUUCGUCGUGCACGUUUAUUUGGGAGCAGCAACUCGAAUACGACCAUGACGAAGCAU